UUUGUUAGAAUAUAUUGAAGAAUUCCACUCAGCACAUCAAGUUUGAAAUUAUUACACGCAAUUAUGAAGUCUUUUGGUUCCUCUACGGCGAGAUGCUUUCCUUUUCCACGGCUUGAGAACAAACCACUACAAAAUUCCACUUCUCAUGGCAGCUUUCAUCACAAGAAAACAAGUAAAGAAAGUCCCAUGAAGAACACAGGAAAAAGCAGCAGUAUUACGCAUAGGAUUCAUGACCAUGUAAAAAUGGGUCCUAAACUGUCUGAGAUGGUGAAGGGUAAGUUGAGUUUGGGUGCAAGGAUUAUACAUGAAGGAGGAAGGGGGAACAUUUUCAAGAGUGUUUUCGGGAUGCAAGAAAAUGAGCAAUUGUUAAAGGCCUCUCAGUGUUAUUUGUACACCACAGCUGGUCCUGUUGCUGGAAUUCUUUUUGUCUCAACUGAAAAGGUUGCAUUCUUCAGUGAAAGGCCCAUAAACUUUACUUCGGUGGAUGGAGCAUUAGUCAGGGCACCUUACAAGGUUUUGAUACCAAUAGGGAGUAUUAAAGAGGUACAUGAAUGCCAGAAUGUGAUGAAGGUAGAAGAGAAGUACAUAGAGAUAUUGACUAAGGAUGAUUCUGAAUUUUGGUUUGUGGGGUUUUUGCGGUAUGAGAAAGCUCUCAAGAAUCUCAAUAAAGCCAUUUCCAUAUCCAAUCAAUUAUGAAAGGAGAAAGUUAUUAAUUUUCUAGAUUUUUUUAGAUUUUGUAUUUAUUAUCAUUAAAGGGGAGGUUUUCUCACACGAAUGAGAUGUUCUUAGUUUCUGGAUGUUGCCUGUCCUGUAUUAGUUUCAGUCCCUAUCAAUUGGGGAUUAAGAGCCACUGGUGACUUAACUUGUAUAUAUAUGCCUCAGAAAAAGGCAUCAGUGUAGUCCAUCGUGAGAGGUGGUGAAUGAAACAUGGCUUAGUUAGAACCGUGAGUCAAAUAGCAGCCAAAUGUAAACAAAAAAUAGUAGACUUGAAUCAGUAGAAGGAUUUUACCCCCCC